AUGAUUAGACUGCACAAAUUUCAUUGCUAUUUAUGUUCAUGCAAACCCAGGAGUACAAUUAUUACCAAAAACAACAAAACAAAAAUGAAAAUCUUUUUUUUCUUAAUCCUCCUUCAUCACCAUCUCAACUUCAUCAAUGGCAUAACAUUAUUACCAGAAGAGAAAGCUUACUUUACUUAGUAUUAAAUCAGCCAUAACUGAUGACCCGCAUAACUCUCUCUCCUCAUGGAACACCACAACCCACCACUGUAGUUGGCCGUUCAUCACUUGCUCCUCCUUGUCUUCUUCUGUCAUUUCUCUCAACAUCUCCUACUUAAACCUCACCGGAAUUCUCUCGCCUGAUAUCGGCUUCCUCACCAACCUGCAAAACCUCUCUAUCGAAGGCAAUUAUUUCUCUGGCGGGAUUCCUCCUGAGCUAGGAAACUUAACCAAGUUAACAACAUUAUAUGGUGAUUACUGCAAUUUUUCUGGGGAGAUUCCAAUGGAGUUGGGGAAACUUAAGAAACUUGAAUUUUUGAGUUUUUCUGGGAACACUCUUUCUGGGGGUUUACCCUUUGAGUUGGGGUCAAUGAAGAGUUUAAAAUAUAUGGAUUUCUUUAAUAAUACGUUAUCUGGUGUGAUCCCAGAGUCAUAUUCCCUUCUUCAGAACAUAACCGAUUUUAAUCUUGCUGAAAACAAAUUACAUGGGAGUAUACCUGAUUUUAUCGGAGAUUUCCCGGAGUUGGAAUUCCUCUCCAUAGGGUCGAAUAACUUCACUGGGAGUAUUCCACCAAAGCUAGGUACUAAUGGGAGGUUGCAAUUUGUAUCUAUAUCUGAUAACAAUCUUACUGGGAGUUUGCCAGUAAGUCUUUGCAAAGGAGACAUACUUCAAAUUUUGUAUGUAUCGCAUAAUCGGUUGGUUGGGCCAAUUCCCGAGAGUUUGGGGAGUUGUAAGUCACUUGAACAAGUGAACAUGGGAAAUAAUUUCUUAAAUGGGUCGAUUCCUAAGGGCUUGUUUGGCCUCCCAAACAUUUCUUUAAUUCAGCUUAAUGACAAUCAUCUUACUGGCCGAGGUUUCGAUGAGAGUACUACUCGUCUUUUUUCAGUUAGUCUUAUAGGGUUAGAUCUCUCCAAUAAUCAGCUAACCGGGGAGUUGCCUGCUAGUAUUGGAAACUUUUCAAAUCUUGCAAUAUUAUCACUUCAUGGGAACAAGUUCACCGGAAGUAUCCCUCCAGAGAUUAGCAAGUGUGGAGCGCUAUACGUACUUGAUCUCAGCUCAAAUCAGUUCUCCGGUGAGAUACCUAAUGAGAUUACAGGUAACAAAUCCAUUUGCAAUUUGGAUGAAAUUAGCUUACUUGAUUUAUCAAACAAUACUUUGACUGGGGAAAUACCUCAUUGUCUUGGAAAUACUAGCGCUUCACUUAUGGUAUUGAAACUCCAAUUAAACAAGCUCAACGGAACAAUACCAGCAAAUUUUUCAAACUGUGAUUCUUUGAAGUUUCUACAUCUGGGUGACAAUCAACUGGAAGGGGUUGUACCCAAGUCUUUGUCCAAGUGUCGAAGUUUAAACAUUCUAAAUCUCGAGAACAACAAGCUAACGGGUAUAUUUCCUUCAUCGCUAGAUAGCCUUCCACAACUCCAAGUUCUCAGCCUGCGUUUUAAUGGCUUCUAUGGUCCUAUAGCUAGCUCAUCACCAAAGGUUAAGCACCCAUUCCCAAGGCUACAAAUUCUCGACAUCUCUAACAAUAAUUUUGGUGGUAAGUUACCAGAAAGAUAUAUCAAACACUUUGAGGCCAUGCUCAAUAUGAACGAGUCUAGUCGUGAGGGUCCUGAAUACUUGGAAGUCGGCUACUCCACGAGAUCGUCUUCGAUCGAGUUGACAUACCAUGGACAGCAACAAAACUAUCUUAACUUUUUUUCAACAAUGUCGGUCUUGGAUAUGUCCAACAACAACUUUGUUGGGCAGAUUCCGGAUGUUAUAGGGCGAUUACACUCACUUCGUCAUCUUAAUCUCUCGCAUAAUCUCUUAACCGGGAACAUACCUCUAUCAAUUGGAAAAUUAUCUUUGCUUGACGGUUUGGACCUUUCAUCAAAUAGGCUCAGUGGUCGAAUCCCUCAAGAAUUAGUUAGUUUAACAUUUGUUGGGGUCUUUAAUGUUUCCAAUAAUCUAUUGGAGGGGCCUAUACCUCGUGGUAAAAACUUUGAUACAUUUUCAGUUGAUUCAUACAAGGGGAAUCUCGGAUUGUGUGGACAACCAUUGCCAGAGUGUGGAGACAGAUACCCGAAAGUUAUCAUCAACUAUAGUCAUAAUACUACGUAUACUGAAGAUGAUAGAAGUAUUUUGUCUAUGUCAGAAUUCAUAAUGAUGGGGUUUUGUAGUGGUGUGCUAGUUGGGUUGGCGUGGGGAUAUUAUAUGUUUUCAAUAGGAAAGCCCUUUUGGUUUAUCCGGUUGGCCAACAAAAUGGAAUUGAUGUUGCUUGAUCUUUUCGAUGAGUACUUUGGUAGGCGAGGCAGAACAACAAGACAAAGGAAGAUCUGAAAAAAUGAGUGAUAAGCAUGAGUGUAACCUUGUUGUCCAUAGUUGAGCAGUAUUAUAAGUACUGUCAAUAUAUAAUAAUAAACUAAUUGUCUUGUUUAAGAUUUGUAUUUUUAUUCUCAAAACUAUCUUAUUUUUUAUGUAGUUAAGAGACGGGUAGUGUUGGAUUGGCACGUGUUGUUUUUAAUAUAAAACCGCCAAUUUGUUCAGCCUCCA